UAUUAUACAUAUUAUACUAUAAUAGUAGUGACAGUGUGUAAGGCAUUGGCAUAACAUUGCACUGAAUGUUGUAUUCAAUUGUAUGUCAAAUGAGUGUCUAAUAAGCAGUCAAUGAUUGAAGCGAUGAUUCAAUGAAUUAAAUGUCGGCUAAUAUUGUGAUUAUUAUUAUUAUUAACACUAUUAGUGGAAAUCAGUUAACAAUAGACUCGUUAAGUGACAAAAACACUUAAAUUGCAACCAAUUUAGUGAACAGUUAUAUAAUAUUUUAUCACAAUUUUAAUUAUAAUUUAAUAACCAAUUUUUGAGCCGAAAAGCACUUAUUUUUUACAACUAAACAACUAUUAAGUGUUUUGUGCGACAAAAUUAAGUCAUAAAUAAUUGUGUUUUUUAUAAAUACUUUAAAACUGAUUGAAAGCAUUUGUCAAAAAAAAAAAUAAUUUAUUUUUUAAUUGAAAUUUUAUAAAACAUUUUUUUCUGACACAAUGGUCUCCAAAGACGAUGAAUACGAUUAUCUUUUCAAAGUUGUCCUCAUCGGCGACUCGGGUGUCGGCAAAAGUAAUCUGUUGUCUCGUUUCACACGAAAUGAGUUUAAUUUAGAGUCAAAGUCGACAAUCGGUGUGGAGUUUGCCACCCGAAGCAUACAAGUGGACGGCAAGACUAUAAAGGCUCAGAUAUGGGAUACGGCUGGUCAGGAACGUUAUCGGGCCAUUACGUCGGCCUACUAUAGGGGAGCAGUCGGUGCACUGUUGGUCUACGAUAUCGCCAAACACUUGACGUACGAGAAUGUUGAGCGUUGGCUGAAGGAGUUGAGAGAUCACGCGGACCAGAAUAUAGUGAUUAUGUUAGUCGGGAAUAAAUCUGAUUUAAGACAUUUAAGAGCUGUGCCUACUGAUGAAGCCCGUGCUUUUGCCGAGAAGAAUAGUCUGUCAUUUAUCGAGACAUCAGCUCUGGACUCAACCAAUGUUGAGGCAGCGUUUCAACAGAUAUUGACUGAAAUUUAUCGGAUUGUCUCACAGAAACAGAUCACUAAUGUUGGCGGUGAUGAUCCGUCGCCAUCAGCCGAGAACAUUAGGCCCAUAAGCAUUCCGCCGACCGAUAAUUCGGACAGAAAUAAGAAGCCGUGUUGUCAGACAUAAACACGACUUUAGACAUACAUUUAGAUAAUAUUAUUAAUAUUAAUACACUGUUAACAAAAAACAUCAUUGAAUUGUUUUAAUAUUGAAAAUUUUGAUUAAUAAUAAUAUAGAGAGAAAUAACCGAUUGUUUUAGGCAUUCAAUUAUAUAUCAAUUUAUAACAUUUUGCUGUCAAUUUUGAUUAUAUUGUAUAAUAUAUGAUAUUUUUGUGAUUAUUUUAUCGGCGUUCACUAAACAAACAUAAGCUAUGGUUUUGUAGUUAAAACAAUAGCUUAUUGAUUCAUAAGCCAAUGGAUCCUUCC